CUUUGACCCCAGCAACAUGCCCCCAGGGGUGGAGGCCAGCUGCUGGCCUUUGACCCCAGCAACAUGCCCCCAGGGGUGGAGGCCAGCCCGGACAAGAUGCUGCAGGGCCGCCUGUUCUCGUACCCGGACACCCACCGGCACCGCCUGGGGGCCAACUACCUUCAGAUCCCCGUCAACUGUCCCUACAAGACCCGCGUGUCCAACUACCAAAGGGACGGCCCCAUGUGCAUGUCCGAUAACCAGGGCGGAGCUCCAAACUACUUCCCCAACAGCUUCAGUAACCCUGACUGCCAGCCUUGCUUCCUGGAGUCAAAGUUCAAGGUGUCCCCAGACGUAACACGUUACAACAGCGCCAACGAUGACAAUUACACGCAGGCGGGGACCUUCUACAGCGAGGUUCUGAGUGAGGAGGAGCGACGGAGACUUUGUCAGAACCUGGCCGGAGCCCUGAAGGGAGCCCAGGUCUUCAUCCAGGAACGCAUGGUACAGCACCUGAUGGCUAUCCAUCCCGACUACGGAAAGCAGGUCCAGAGCCUGCUCACCAAGCACAAUGCCGAGGCUCAGAAGACGGACCAGGGUAUCAAGAACUUGACCGUGGAAGAGGCCGACCGCCUGGGACCCAACUCACUAGUGAGUUGGGUCCCAUCUUCCUCUGAACAGGUACAGCACCUGAUGGCUAUCCAUCGCAACUACGGAAAGCAGGUCCAGAGCCUGCUCACCAAGCACAAUGCAGAGGCUCAGAAGACGGACCAGGGAAUCAAGAACUUGACCGUGGAAGAGGCCGACCGGCUGGCCGCCUCCAACCCCGACUACGCCAUCGGAGACCUCUUCAACGCCAUCGCCAACGGAAACUUCCCUUCCUGGAGCUUCUUCAUCCAGGUCAUGACCUUUGAGCAGGCCGAGAAGUUCAGGUUCAACCCCUUCGAUCUGACCAAGGUGUGGUCCCAUAAAGAAUACCCACUGAUCCCGGUGGGCAAACUGGUGCUGAACAGGAACCCCACCAACUACUUUGCCGAGGUGGAGCAGCUGGCCUUUGACCCCAGCAACAUGCCCCCAGGGGUGGAGCCCAGCCCGGACAAGAUGCUGCAGGGCCGCCUGUUCUCGUACCCGGACACCCACCGGCACCGCCUGGGGGCCAACUACCUUCAGAUCCCCGUCAACUGUCCCUACAAGACCCGCGUGUCCAACUACCAAAGGGACGGCCCCAUGUGCAUGUCCGAUAACCAGGGCGGAGCUCCAAACUACUUCCCCAACAGCUUCAGUGCCCCUGACUGCCAGCCUUGCUUCCUGGAGUCAAAGUUCAAGGUGUCCCCAGACGUAACGCGCUACGAAAGCUGCAACGAUGACAAUUACACGCAGGCGGGGACCUUCUACAGCGAGGUUCUGAGUGAGGAGGAGCGACGGAGACUUUGUCAGAACCUGGCCGGAGCCCUCAAGGGAGCCCAGGUCUUCAUCCAGGAACGCAUGGUACAGCACCUGAUGGCUAUCCAUCCCGACUACGGAAAGCAGGUCCAGAGCCUGCUCACCAAGCACAAUGCCGAGGCUCAGAAGAACUCCAAUGUGCACGUCUACACCCGUCCUACAGCCAUUAAUGCCUCCGCAAAAAUGUGAGGUCAUAUAUCUUGACCAGGUAGCACGCCCAAGAUGGCUUCCGCAGUAACUGAUUUCCACCAGUUUAAAGAAAUAUAUCUUGUACUAAUAAUAAUGUAACCAAUCUGGCCUUAAUAACAAUUCUGUUCUAGCGUUUCAAUGAAAAGGAAUAGCUUCUUAACAGAUAUUCCAAAUCGAAAAACAAUGAUUAUAUGAAGACUUUCUGCAUUUAGUGCAGUCAAACUAUAUCCAAUCCCUGGGAAGGUAACCCAGUCUUCAUGUAUUACUACAGAGAUAUCAGUCUAAAGUUAUAUAUUUUAAAUGUCUAAACACAAUUGUAUCACUUACCCAAAUACUAUGUAUAAUACAUUUGCUACUAUGUAUUUCAAUUGCUUGGUUUAUACACUGGAUGCAUUGUUAAACCUGUACUAAAAUGAAUUGAUUAGUAUAUAUGAUGGGGUUAAGCUCUUGAAACCUGAUCAAUACUGUCAAAGAAAAAAAUUGAAGAAUAUUUUGUAAUAAUUUACUACUUGUAUGCCCUUAUUAUUGCCUGUUUGUUUUACAUUAUUUUGCUCUGUGCAAGGAAAAUCUGACAUUAAAGCAGUGCCUUUUACUAUAGCUCUACAUUUUGGAGAUCUGAUGAGGGGCUUAUGCUAGUCCGGGUGAAUUUUGUUUUGGUCUCAUGCAUUCCUUUGACUGCUGGCUAUUGCUAUAGACCACAAUGAAGGAGAACUAUGAGGCUCAAUCACAACACUAUUUUAUAAGAAAGUGGGGUGAGCCAAAAUAGCUGAUAACUGCUUUGAAAAUAUAUGAUUGCAAAGAAACAUAAUUGAGACAAUUCUCAUGUUCUUCUCUCUAAUGGUUGGUAUAACUUGUACUGUGGAUGGAAAGUUACAAUAAACCGUUUGAAGGGAA